AUGACGGCCUGUAAAACAGAUUUGAAACUCAAACACAAUAAGGAAUUCACAACUACGAUGGAAACUAAUAGCGAAUAUAUAUUUGCAAUGCCCGCGCGUAAUUAUUUAGACGGGUUAGCACCCGAAAUUAAAGUAGAAAUUAUUUUCCACUUGAGUAAUCCUACACCACUCGCUCGAUGCUCCCAUGCUUGGUACGCCGCAGUAAACUCACCUGCCACAAAAGCCAGGUGGCUGACCUACAGAUAUGGUAAAACUCAUGCAUUGUUUCAUGCAGUAAAAAUGGGCGAGCCAUUCAUUAACGUUGAUGUCGUCGAGUGUCUAUUUGCUCAAAAAGCCCAUCUCAGCCGAUACUUUAUUCAACGAUUAAUGCUUGGAUUUGGCAAGUAUGACAGUAGGCUUAUUGAUCUCAAGUUGGCGCAUACUAGAAGACCACUCGACCCGGUUCGAAACAAGUUGAUCCAAAAUAAAAUCCGGAGUCCGUGGGCGAGCAAUCUUUCCUUUGAUGUUUUCUCCAGAAUUCUCAAAGAGGGUCAUGAUCGGUUUGACGGAAAUGACAUCCCUGUCAGAGGAAAUGAUAUGGAGUCCUUUUAUUACUUAUCGGCUGGUCCGCUAGUUAUUAGCGAAGAAAGAAAAAAGCUGAAGGAUAACAUAAACGAAAUUGAAAGGUUGAUCACAACGUUUAGAUUUGCGCCCUUUCCUCCAAGGCCCAAAAUCCGAAGGCAUAUUACUGAGAGUACAGAAUCACAUUCUGUUAACUACGAUGACUAUCCACCUACUGAUGGCUACGAGAACGUUCGCCAAUUGAAUGUCAUUGCUCGGGCUAUACUCAUCCAUCCCGAUUUAGUGAAUGUCUGGAAGCAAAACGGGUAUCAUGAGAUAGUCGACGAUAUAAACGAUUUGGUAAUGGAAAGUGUCUUGUCAAAUUUUAAUCUGAAUCUAGACCAAUCCAUUCAGCGACUAAUAGAUCUGCAUUCUGUUGGGUUCAGACUGACAGAUGAGAUGAUGGGAGACGCUUUGAUAUUAUUUGCAAAACGUUUAAACGAUAUAGGAGGAGUACUGAUAAAUGCGUUUGCCAUUGUUCGUGGCAUAACUAAGAACAAUAUACUUUCUAUAUGCUUAAGAGAACUGUUGAAUCCAGGCAGAAAACUUGAACGAUAUAAGUUACUUGAAUUUAUCCUCAAUCGGGUUGAUAACCCUGAAGAGACCGCGUACAGGGCCCUGCAAAGCUACAAUAUCGGAAAUUCCGUAAACUUUCACCCAAGUAGAAAUGGUUCUAUUCCUCAAGCUCUUACGCUACUCAAAUACGGCCAUAAAGUUUAUUAUUGCAUGCUAGCAAAGUUUGGUGCCGACUCACGUAUUGCUACAUAUUUGAUGAACGAGAUUACAGCCGCUCGCAUAUGGAAAGCCAAACUUCACGAAUCCAAUAGGUCUCUCGUCUUGUCUUCCGCUUCAAUCGACAUCCUAUGGCAAGAAUCAAAUACGGUCUUCAAUGCAUAUUAUAACGCAGGCGUUCAUUUCGAACCACAGCUUUUAUCCUUGUUCAAAACAUGUCCGGAGGAAGCAGUCAUUGCAUGUCUGUUUGAGGGAUACUUGGCGAAAUUGUUUGAGUACAGGGUUGGGUUCCAGCCAUCACGAGUAGACGAGAUUCCGUCAUUGCGAGUCAUUCCAUUAUCACACAGAAAACGCAAGACAACCCAUGAAGCGAGAAUGGAAUGGUGGCAUGCGAUUCGUUAUUGUAAUUUAAACGACGAAAUGACGACCAAAUUUGGACGUCAACGCGAAAAAUUCCUCCAAAAUGUAUGUGGGGCAUCGUCAGCGUCAUCAAAACGGCGUCGACUCGGGUAA